AAAACAUGAACCCUCCACUCCAAUGCCAAUAAUUCCAAGGGACACAAAAUUCGCCAGACAAAAAACAUUUUCAAAAAUUGCCCUGAUGCCGAGGAUAUCGAAUAUUUGUUGUUAAAAUCACUGCUUGAUGUUAGCAAGUAAUCGAUUCGUGGAACAAAAAACGAGUAACCAUUUAAUUGUAUCGGCUUGCACGACCGACGAACGACUUGAGACAAUACGCAUUGCUGCGGAAAAUUAGCAAGUAAACAAGCAAAAACGAAAAAACGAAAAAGAAGAAACAGCAACCAGACAAACAACUGCUGGCUGGCUGGCAAAACUCUGAAGACACUUAAAGUUAUAAUUAAAAAGGAACAACGACUUCUAUCCUGGCGCAAGCACAUCAAAACAAGCAUCACGUUUUGGUAGCGAUAUUGAAUAUAGACAAUUGUUGGAAUCCUAUAGCUGGGUGCUACAUCGUUUCGCCAAUGCAGAUGAUAAUUGUUAUUGAAUGUAGACAAUUAUUGGAAUCCCAUAUCUGAGUGCUUCAUCGCUUUUCGCCAAUAGCUGUUUCAUUGUUUCCGAACAAGCCAACGCAUCACAGUAAGAAUAAUACGAACUGGGAACUCACAUCAACGGAAAGCUUAUGAAAAUCAAAAUAAAUCGAAUUAUGGAAAAAAGCAACCCAAAUGAAAACAUAGAUGAGGAUGAUAUACCCACAUCUGUUCAGUAUGUUGAUAGUUCCACACAGAAUGUGGAACCUACAGACAUUUCGGAGGGCAUUAACAACUACAACAACAAAGAGUUAGUCGAUUCACCACACAACUAUCCAUCCACAAUUACUGUAGAGCACAGUAACAAUGAAAGCGGUGCCGGCCGACAAAAUCCCCUAUCAUAUUCGUGGUCAGCACCGCGCAUCGUUCAAGAUGACAGUGGGCUAAUAAAGAAAAUAAAAAUUUCCACGGCGAAAAAGUUGGUGCAAAGUUUUGCUCAACAUUCACCGACCAGCGUCUCCAAUACUUCCUGCGAAGAAAAACAGUCCAUGACGCCAUCACCACACCCACAACAGCAGCAACAACAAAAUCAUCCACAAAUACGUACCAGUACCCCAUUGUCGCGGGAAUAUGUGGCAUUGCAACAGACCCAAAACGAAUCGAAAAUUAUUAAGAAAUUCGUUACCGAAGCCAUGAUGGAAAGGACACGAAAUGCCAAGGUGAAGAAUUUAAAUAAUUCCAAUAACACCACCACCGCCGCCACACUCAACAACAGCAGUCCAAAUGUUAGUACAACAACAACAACAUCCAAUGAUCAUUCAUACACCUCGCGCAGCAACAACUCGUCACAUGAAAAACUGCCCACCGAUGAGGGGGAAACUCAUCAUCAUCGCCAUAAACGUCGUUUUAUACCAAUCAAGGGCCUAGAUGAAGAUGAUGAAACGUCCCGCGAUGGGGCAUGGCGUCGACAACGAACAACUUCACGCAGCAAAAGUAUGAAUAGCAGUGAAAAUAGCAAUUCUUCAGCGACAUUUGAGCUGGACAAAAAAUACCCAUCGGAUGAGAGUUUAACAACACUGCAGCAGCAGCAGCAGCAUCAGGCUGCGGCGGCGGCCUCUAAAAGAACAAAUAUGCGUUCGGAAAAUUCUGAAUUUGUACAAAAACAAAGGGAAUUCCUACAACACAUAAUUAAUUCGACACAGGAUACACCGCGUAAGACACGUUCUCGUUCUACGGGGCCGGAAUCGACGACACCGCCGUCCGCAACAACGACGACCAUGACCACGACAACAACACCACCCUCUCUGAGGGAUAAGAAAUCACGUGAUAACUCCGUACCAUCAUCGUCAUCAUCAAAUCGUCGUCGUUCGCGUUCAAAAUCGACGGAGAAAUCAACGAAACGUUUAAAGACAGGCGAUGAUUUAAGUGAACAUUCGGAAAUUUCCAAUGAUGAUGAUAGUCAUCAUCCAUUGAAGGUUGGUGAUCUUGAUCAUUUGAGGAAAGUCUGGCAACCACCGCCGAAGCCCGGUGCUGAUAGUUUCUGUUGGAAGUGUCACGAUGCCGCCGUAGAUAUAUCCUGCAAUAAAUGUAUACGCAGCUUUCAUACAACGUGUGUCAAAGCGAAAAUCGAUAGCUCAUGGAUUUGUACGGAAUGUUCUUCGAUUGAGAAUAUCUUGAAUAGUAGCAAAAAGUCACGACGCAAUGAAUUGUCGGUGGAUCUGUUGAGUCAAUUAUUGACAUUCGCUUUGAAGCGUAUGCGUUUUGCCAAGGGGAACUAUACCUUUGUUAUGCCCUAUGAGAAGACCAACAUCUACAAGAAAUACAUUGUAAAUCCUGUGCAUUUUGGCACACUGCAGGAAAAGAUUAAUGCCAAGGAAUAUCACUGUGCCGAAGAGCUUGUAAAUGAUACAAAAUGGAUGUUACACAAUGCCUAUAUUAUAUCGGCAGGAAACAACUCCAAACUGGUGCAGAGUGCCAAAAACAUUCUCAAAAUCUGCCGCCAGGAGGCCAUUGAAAUCGAAACCUGUGCCGAGUGUUAUUUAAAUGCCAAUACCCGUACCGAUUGGUUUGUCGAUGUGUGUUCCCAACCCCAUCUGUUGUUGUGGGCCAAACUGAAGGGUUUUCCCUAUUGGCCAGCCAAGGCCAUGAGUAUGGGUCAGACUUCAGUGAUUAAUGUUCGUUUCUUUGGUGAACAUGAUCGGGCCUUUGUAUCGGCAAAGGAUUGUUUUCUCUACUCCGAACAAGAUCCCAAUACGCAAACGGGUAAAAAGGCGGCCCGCGAAUUGGCCGGAUGUAUGAAAGAAGUUGAGGAGCAUAUUGAAAAGAUCCGCAACAAAAUUGGUGGUUUUCAAUAUGCCCCCUUUAAGACACCCUUUGAUCCCAAUGAUGUAAUGCGACAGCUGGAAGAAAUGAUGCCAGGGGUACAGGAAUUUAUGAGACAGCAACAGGUUUUGGUAACCAAAACGCCAUUGCAGUUUAAAAUUUAUCGCACGGCCGAUAAUAAUAUGUCGAUUGUGCAAAAGGCUUCGAGUACACCGGAUUUGGUUUUGGCCCAGCAACAACAACAGCAGCAGCAUGAUGUGGUGGUGGCCCUUGGCGAGGAUAGCCAUGGCAGUUCCAAGAAAAGAAAACCUUGUCCGGCCAAUAUCGCAGUGCAAGAGGACGAAAGGCCAUUAAAUGAAAAACAAGCCACAUUGGCUGCCAAAUAUGAGGUCAUAUCGAAAACCAUCAACGAAGAUAGCCGUACGUCUAAGUUAGGUACUGUGAUUCUGAAAAGAAAAUCCGAUAGUCUUAAUGGUGGAGGGGAGGGUAAAAAGACUCAUGACCAUCAUAAUACGGAUAAUGAUGAUGAGGAUACCCGGGGAAUGAAUUUACCCAAACUGCAAAGAAUUGAAGAGGUAGCUUCUAAUGAAUCGGCGCCAGCGAAAAAGAAAAACGAAAUGGAGAAGGUGAAAUCCAGUGAUAAUGCCAAGCCCACGGAGCAACAAAAAAUACCCAUUUUGACGAUAAAAACAAAUACAAUAACCUCGAAGGAUCCUCAAGCUUUGGAAAAAGAUCCUCAGCCCAGGAAUAAUUUGGAAAAAGUCAGCCAAACAAAAGAGGCUACAAAUGUGGUUGCCCCAAGCACACCGAACAACAAAGACUUGGAAAAGGAAACCAGCCGGGCCAAGGAAAAACUCACCUCUCCUCCCUCAGCGGCCACAACAACGGCCCAAAAGGUUGUAGAGAAUUUGGUGAAAAACAAACAAGGUGUGACCAUUAAAAAGAUAACAAAUAAUGCUAACAACAACACCCCUAUGCCGGAACCAGCGGCUGAAAGCCAGGAUGAAAACAAUAAACCUCCAGAUGAUCUAAUUCCCGUUGCCAAGGUUCCUAAGGAAAAGCCUAAGGAAAAGCCAACACCUAAAGCGAAAAGUAGCGAUAAAAAUAAACAGGAUCAACAGGUCAAUAUUAUACUCAAGGGUUUGGUUCCUUUUGUGGAAAUCAAACAGGAGGUUACGUCGGAUAAUGAGGAAGAAACGCAGCCACCACCACCACCAGCACCACCAACUCCAAAAGAUACUUCAACAGAUAAUGUGGCAACAAGUGCAGCAACUGAAAAGCCCUUAAAUGUCCCCCAAACCAGAAGCUUCUCCAAGGAGACUUUAUCGUCACAAAGUAAUUCGCCGCAAAAGGAGACAACCACCAAUGGAGGAGGAGUUGUUGGCAUACAGUCAUCAGGUGCCAUGCUACUGGUGCGUGUUAAAGAGGAGUUAUUCUCCGAUGAGGAGGCGGAAGAAAGAGCCACUACAGCAACAACGACAGAAGCAACAACAGUUGCCAAAAAUACCAAUGAAAUACGAGUGGUUGGAGAUACGACAAUACAGAAAAUCUCCAUGAAAACUGCCCAGCAAGUUAACAACACCGGCAACAACAAGCGUAAUGUAUUAAAGGGUGUACCCUAUGGCCCUCUACCUGCCUCGGCAUUUGCACAAUUAUCGGCCACAGAUUCAACAUCAAACGAAAGUCAAACAAGGAAUGCCGCCAGCACAUCGUCUGGAAACACAGACAAACCUGUAGCAUCUUCCACAACAACUGCCAUGGACAUGCUUAACCCCAAGCAAAUCAAUUUAAAUAGCAAUCCAGAGACAUGCAUUGCAAGAUCCAUAUCCAGUAAUACCAUGGUCACAAUACCUGUGGACAUAGCCUCCACCACACGCAGCAUUAUGUCUCCAAUACCCGUGCCACCCCUCACAGCUGUUUCCAAAACCAUAUCUCAUUCGAGUCAAACUUUUAAUUCCAUGGCUCGUCACAAUCCCGUUACGGUCUCCGUUUCGGGGACGGCAGGAAGUCUUUCAACACCCCUGAUAAUGUUGACUCAUUCAGUGGGCAAUAAUUCCUUCAGCUCUACGGCAACUUCGGCCAACACAAUACCUGCCAUUAGGACGAUAACAAGUUCACCCAUUACCGUAACCAAUAAUAGCACACGAGUUGUGGCCAGUACUAACACAUCAAUGGCAGCGCCAUUGCUUCCAUUGCAAAAUUCCAUUAAUCCUCUGAGACUAACCACACCACCACCAUUGGCGGGACUUUCAGGGGUAAAUUUAAAUAGCAAUCUUCACAAUGAUAUUGUUGGUACCCCGGCCUUGGACACAACGUCCACAACAUUGGCAUCAAGCACUCCAGCCCUUAACACAUCGACGGAUACUCAAAUACCUCCCCUAAGAAUAGCAACGCCAGCGGAUGUAACCACGAAUAGAAUAUUACCCAGAUUAACGCCACGUCCUAAACCGGUAAUUCCACAAACGACAGAGACACGUUCCAGUUUCCCCCCACAGGCAGGUCCUGUGCACACGCGCUUAUUUGAAAAUGCUUUUAGGGUAACCUAUGAAUUUAUGAAUGCCAUCGAGGACACCAUACGUGAUUUGACGCAACACGAAGAUACAAGUUUAGCGGCCAAACUUUCGUUGGCCACCAUCGAACUGGAAACCAGUCGUCAGGGACAAGAAGAGCUGCGCAAACAAUUGGAGGAAAUGCGUAAAAAUAUGGAAAUCGAAAAGAAUCGUGUUAUCGCCGAGACACGAAAACAAUGUCAGCUGGAGCAGAAACAACGCGAGUUGGAAUGGCAACAACGUGAAUUGGAAUGGAAACGGGUGGUCGAAGAAACCAAACGCAAGCAAUGGUGUGCCCAGUGUGGUCGGGAGGCGAAAUUAUAUUGCUGUUGGAAUACCUCGUAUUGUGAUUAUCGGUGUCAGGAUAUGCAUUGGGCAAGGCAUGGAGCAUUGUGUGUACACGAACCCACCACCACCACCACCACCACCACCACCACCACAACUAUCAGUAACCAGAAUAAUAAUGGAAAUAAUUUAAUGGCCAAUAGCAGUGGUCUUCAAAUGCAAAUGCAACACAAUCCCAAUUCAUCCUCCGCUGCCACAUCUCUAAUAAUUCCUGCCAAUGUAAAUACCAAAACAACUGGUCCCCCAUCCUCAUCACCAUCACCAUCGGUUGCGCUGAAGAAAGAGAAAUCGUUGGGUAAAAAGUCUUCGGCAAAUAAUUUAUUGUCCUCUGCAUCGCAAAUGUCAUCUAUGGUCCCCGCUUCCGCCUCGUCAUCAUCGCAACGUUGUUCAAAUAAUAACAAUUCUGCGGAACUCCUCAAACUACCCACAAACACAUUUUUGCGUCAAGUUGUCAUCCCCGUGAACCAGCAAACUGUACGCUGCAAUACAACCUACAGUACACCUGUGCAGCGUUAUAAUGUUCAAACCAUUACCACACCGGCCAAUUCAGCUAACCUCAACUAUCCAAUUGUACCGCAGGCAAAUAACCGAUGGAUAAUGAAUAACACGGGGACAGUGAAUAACGUUGGCAGCGUUGGAGGUGUGGCUACUAAUCACCAGACCAUAGCUGCACCCAUGGCCAAAAAGCAAAAUUCGCGUUCAACUGGUGGUGGUGGUGGCAAAACUAAUUCAAAUCGUCAAAUGCGUUACCAUUGAAGAUACACAUGGGUUGUGAUUUUGGCGAUGGCAAAUUGCCUUCUUUAGGAUUUUGUUUCUUGCUGCAACAGCCAGCUCCAACCAUCAUCAGAAGGGUAGAGAAGGAGGAGGAGGAGAAAAAAACCCCAGAAAUGUGAUAUAUAUGGAUAAGAAGAAUAUAUUGCUCCAUAGUUUUAGUUUGUUUUGGCAUAUGACAUUACAAACACUCAUCCAUUGUCACACAUUCGUACAAUCAUUUCAUUUAGCUUCAGUGUAAAUGGUAUCAUAAAUAGUUGUUAAGGUAGUAUUAAAGGUUUAUUAACCCCUAUAUCGGCGAGUAUAUGUUGAGGUACUCGGAUUGUGUAUUUAUAUUGCAGAUAGAAACAUAGUAAUUGAUCUGUUCCAGAACAGCAAGAAUACAAAAGUUUUUGCUACGAUAAACGAUAUUCUCUUUAUGGUUUCGAAGAAAAUUGAAAAAGAUUGUAGAUUCUUGCAGGUGCUGGAACAGGGCAAAUGUUUUUAAAUGUCACUUCUUUUAUACUAUUGUUUUUCAUUUUUGAUUCUAAGAAUUUCAAUGUUUCAAUUCAAAAACAAAACACGUUUUCGGUUCAUUAAGUUUUACACUUUGUAAAAUAAGUUCCAAAGCAAAUUUUGGACUGUAUAUUUCUUGUAAAUCUGUAAAUAAUAUAAUAAUACUAACAUACAGAGUAAUAACAAUGAUAAGAAUUAAUAUUAAUAAUAUUUAAUGGUCUCCAAUGCGACCCAUCCCAUUAUCUAAGAUCGUUAAUUUAAUUUUUUUCUUUUUUUUUUUGAUAAUUUUUCACAUCCGAUUUUUUGUUUAUCAUUUGAAAAGUGAUUUACUAACAUCUCACACAUGUAAACACAUUUAUUUUUAAUGCUUACAUAUAUAAAUAAUGUAUUUUACAAACACUCAAUGUCAAGUUACUGUUACAAAGUAUGGGCUUUUAUUUUAAUUUAAAAAAAAAAAGAAAA